AUGAUGAAGAGGUUGUUGGGUGGACCUGGAACAGUGAGUGGAUUCUUGUUGCGGUUCGGACAAUGUGCAUUUGGUGCUGCUUCCAUCAGCGUCAUGGUUACUUCUUUUGGCUUCUCUACCUACACCGCUUUUUGCUAUUUAACUGCAUCAAUGGGACUUCAGGUUCUCUGGAGCUUUGGACUUGCUUGUCUUGAUAUUUAUGCAUUGAGAAAAAAGCGAGACUUACAAAAUCCAAUUCUUGUUAGCCUGUUUGUCGUAGGCGAUUGGGUAACAGCCAUUUUGUCACUAGCAGCUGCAUGCUCAUCAGCAGGAGUCAUAGUUUUAUAUACGAAAGACGUGGAUAUGUGCGCGACUCAUAAGAUAAUCCCUUGCCACAGGUACCAGGUGUCUGUAGCCAUGGCUUUCGUCACCUGGUUUCUUACCGCAAUAUCAUCACAUGUGAUGUUUUGGAUAUUGGCCUCAGUCUAG